AUGUUGCUGGGUCAGGUAGGUAGUGAUCCUGACAAGUCUAUAGAGCAAUGGAUCAAGCGUCUACUGAACCAAAAACAAAUGACUAUUGAGUCAUCUAUAACUCUCAAGCAACUUUUAGACACUACAACCGAUUGUUUACACGAGUUAUCAAAUCUAGGGGUUCAAGUGGACGCUUGGGAUAUUAUUGUAAUUUAUUUGAUAGGCUCCAAGUUGGACGUUGAGACUAGGAAGCAGUGGGAACUCCAGAAGCAUCACACUCUUUUGCACAAAAAAAUCGAUCCUAGUGCGGAGGCGGACUCUUCCGCACCCCUCACCAGUGCUAAUAAGGAACCACCACAGAACGAGUCCAAGGCUGAACCUCAUAUUUCAACCCAUUUCGCGAAAAAUGUACAUAGUCAGGUUUUAUUAGCUACCGCCGUUGUUAAGGCUAGGUCGAGAAAUGGGUAUUCUCAAGUUUUGAGAGCCUUAUUAGACCAAGGCUCUCAAGCUUCUUUUAUAACAGAAUCUGCAGUUCAGUUAUUGAAGUUAAAAAAAAUAGCCGUUAAAACUACUAUUUCAGGAUUGGGGGGAGGUCAUAGCGACCUGACUUCAAAAUACAUGGUUCAAGUUAACAUUCAAUCUUUGAUUGAUUCUAACUUCAAUUUUCAAAUAAAAGCUUAUGUGCUGAGUAGGGUAACUUCUAUUUUACCAGAAAGGAAGUUUACAUUGGUGGAUUGGCCACAACUUCAUAGUGUUGAGUUGGCUGAUCCAAAUUUUAAUAAGCCCAGAAAAAUUGAUAUUUUGCUAGGUUCAGAAGCCUAUACUAAAAUUUUAAAAGAAGGCUUAAUUAAGGACCCAAGAGGUAAAACAAUGGCUCAAGAUACUUACCUUGGUUGGAUAGUGUCUGGAGAAGUUGAGGAUGAAGGGCAGUCGCAUCAUAAGUUAACCAUUAGCAUGCAUGCAAAGGUCGAAACAGAUCAAAUCCUAAAAAGAUUUUGGGAGUUAGAGGCAGAGCCAACAAACUCUGAAUCAUCAAUACUUAGUCCUGAAGAACAAGCAUGCGAAGAUUACUUCGCUGCCACAACGCGCAGGGAUGAAAAUGGACGCUACAUUGUAAAGCUGCCAUUUCGGUCAAGUAAGACUCCCUGUAACCCAAAGGAAAUAGCAUUAAAAAGAUUGUGUAGUCUUGAACGGAAGCUAUCUAAAAAUAGUGAGCUUAAAUCCCAAUAUACAUCAGUAAUUAAUGAUUAUUUAUCACAAGGUCAUAUGGAAGAAAUUACCAAUGAAAUAGAAAAGAAUAAAAUUGGCGCUGUUUACUUACCGCAUCAUGGUGUAAUCCGCGAAAAUAAGUCGACCACAAAAUUAAGGGUGGUAUUUGACGCAUCAGCUAAAGGAUCCGAUGGUGUUUCUUUGAACGACACUUUAAUGGUUGGACCACCCUUACAAGCUGACUUACGCCAUGCUGUUAUGCGAUGGCGACUACACCCUAUAUGUCUAGUAGCCGAUAUCAUAAAAAUGUAUCGGCAAGUGAAGGUGGCUGGUGAUCACGUAGACUAUCAAAGGAUUUUAUGGCGAGAAGACGUUCAUUCUAACGUAAAGGAAUAUAGGCUUUUGAGAGUUACAUUUGGAAUAUCUAGCGCACCUUACCUGGCAGUGAAGGCAUUGCAGCAAACUGCUUGCGAUGAAGGCGAAUCAUAUCCAUAUGCUGCUAGUAGAAUCAUGACAGACUUUUAUAUGGAUGAUCUCAUGACGGGUUGCCAGACUGAAGAAGAAGCUGUAAAAAUCUAUCACGAGUUUAAUGAGCUCUUAAAUAAAACCGGUUUCACCUUACAGAAAUGGACAAGUAACCGAGAAGAACUACUUAAACAAAUAGAACUGGAUACUGGAAGAAAUCUAGAAAUAAAGGAAGAUGAAACCACAAGAAUUUUAGGACUUACCUGGAACCGUAAUUCUGAUGAAUUCCAUUACACUGUAAACUUACCUUUUUCAACAUCGUCGUCAUCUGCAUCUGAAACUAAAAGAAGUGUCAUAUCAGAGAUAUCACGUUUAUAUGACCCAUUAGGUUGGAUCGCACCAUGUAUAAUUACCGCAAAGAUCUUCAUCCAAAAACUGUGGAUCAGUGGUUUAGAUUGGGAUGACGAACUAUCUGCAGAGCUUCUAGCUGAAUGGCAGUUUUACCGUUGCGAGUUACAAAAACUCAAUGAAUUUAGGAUUCCGCGAUGGCUGCAAAGAAAAAACAAUGAUCGAACAGUAGAAUUACAUGGUUUCUCUGAUGCAUCAAGUGUGGCGUACGCCGCGGUUGUUUACAUGAGAGUUAUCGAUAGUGAAGGCCAAAUAAACUGCAAUCUGGUAACUGCAAAAACAAAGGUGGCUCCCAUAAAACAGGUUUCAAUACCAAGACUGGAGUUAUGUGGAGCAGUUUUAGUUACCAAAUUACUGUUAGAAGUAGCUCGAGUUUUGAAUGUUCAAAAAUCAGACUUACAUGCAUGGACGGAUUCAACAGUCGUGCUAGCAUGGUUGAGCGAUCAUCCGAGUCGGUGGAAAACCUUCGUUGCAAAUCGGACAUCUGAAAUCCUUACUGCCCUCGACUCCACUCAAUGGCAUUAUGUGGACACAAAAAAUAAUCCCGCAGAUAUUGCUUCGAGGGGAACAACACCCACAUCUUUAUUAAAUGCUUCGCUUUGGAAACACGGACCACCGUGGUUGCUAGCUGACACUAUAGCAUAUUGCAGACCUAAAGCUAUAAUGACCAAACUGGAACAGAGAUCUGUUAAGGUUCAUGCGGAAGAGGUGGCUAAAGCAUUACGGACACAGUUACCGCCUUACCUAACAGCUUCUGAAAUUGCAGAUACCAUCCAUCGCUGUCUCAUGCUCUGUCAAAUAGUGUGGUUUGAGACAGAAAUAGAGGCAAUACGAGCUGGUAAAAACGUUAGCAAGAACAGCGGUUUGAUUUCUUUGAAUCCUUAUUUGGAUGAUAGGGGCCUCAUGAGAGUGGGAGGAAGAAUCCAAAAUUCUCAGUUAGAGGACAAUAUGAAGCACCCUAUCAUUGUUCCUUAUCAGUCUCAUUUGACGAAACUGCUCAUAUCGGACGCUCAUCAACGCGUACUGCACGGCGGGCCACAAUUGACAUUAAAUUUCCUUCGGUCAAAAUAUUGGAUUGUGCGAGGUAAGCAGUUGAUUAAAGCUCAUAUCCACAACUGUGUACCAUGUAUUCGUCAUGCAGCUGUAACAAGAAAUCAACUGAUGGGGCAGUUGCCGUCAUGCAGGGUGACACCGAGUAAACCUUUUCUUCAUUCGGGCGUCGAUUAUGCGGGUCCAAUUCAAAUGAGAACAGCUAAGGGUCGCGGCCAUAAGUCCUACAAAGGAUAUAUAUGUCUUUUUGUUUGCAUGGCAACUCGUGCUGUGCACAUCGAAGCGGUCUCUGAUUUGACAUCUGAAGGCUUCCUUUCAGCCUUUAAACGUUUUGUCGCCAGACGUGGUCACUGCAGUCAUCUUUACAGUGACAACGGCACCAACUUCGUUGGAGCUUCAAAGGAGCUUAAGGCAAUGUUUCACAAUGAAUGUGCUUCUCUUCUUCGAGAAAUAGCAGCUUUAUUGGCCAAUAAUGGAACAGAAUGGCAUUUCAUCCCGCCUCACUCUCCUAACUUCGGAGGUCUGUGGGAAGCUGGGAUAAAAAGUACAAAACAUCACCUUAGACGAGUUAUUGGUGAUUCUACUUUGACUUUCGAGGAAUUGAGUACAGUUUUGUCACAAAUUGAGGCAUGUCUGAACUCAAGACCUCUGUCACAGAAUAGUGCCAACUCGACAGAUCCAAACCCUUUGACACCAGGACAUUUCUUGGUCGGUCAGCCACUGGUGAUAGCACCAGACUAUAACUAUGAGCAUACGACAGUGAGUAGCUUGAGACGUUGGCAAUUGACACAAAGAAUGAUUCAGGCUUUUUGGAAACGUUGGUCUCAGGAGUAUUUAACUAUGUUCUUUCAACGACAUAAGUGGGCUAAACGUAUCCGCGAUCCAAAGGUUGGGGAUAUUGUGUUGGUAAAAGAAGACAAUUUACCCCCUGCCAAAUGGUUAUAUGGGAGAGUAAUUGAAGUACACCCUGGUAAAGAUAAUUUAGUUCGCGUGGUUACCCUGCAAUGUAAGGAUUCCCGAGUCAAACGUCCAACUUCGAAAUUGUGUAUCUUGCCUGUUAAUGAUGAAUGA